CCGAGUUUAUUGCUGCCCCCCAUGGAAUCUCUUUCAGCGCACCAUACAGAAGAUUCAGCAAGAACGAAUAACAGCAACAAUAAUCACACCUCGAUGGCCGAGCGCGAUUUGGUACCCGACAUUACAACAGCUCAGCAUCUCGAAGCCGAAGAUUAUACCGCGCCACGCGAUUCAAGCAGCACCCGGCGACGAUCAAUCUCUCCUGCAGAAGAAUCCCCAUUGGACUAUGAUCGCUUGGAACUUAAACGGCGCCGUUUAACUGCUUCAGGUCUCAGCACAGACGCAACAUCCAUCAUGCUCGAUCCCGCACAUACUCAACAGCGCAACGCGCACUAUCAACCUAUCCAACCUCGUUAUAUUUGCUGGACCAGACAACACGACAUCGAUCCUUUCGUAGCCAAUCCAGCACAGCUGGUCAACUUCCUGGCCUAUGGUCAUGUUCAUCUUGGGUGGGCUACAGGUACAUGUGCUAAUUACCGAUCAGCCAUUCUUGACCUAUAUGACGACACAUCAUCUUUCGCAAACGACACACACUACAAAGACUUUUUUUCCGCUCUCAACGAUCAGACCAUCCGUUCGUUCGACCGACCACGAUAUGAUAUACAACCUGUUAUCCGCAACAUUGUCGACCUUGGCAACAAUCUCACUAUGUGCGCAAUCGAUCUCACCUGCAAGCUCUGUUUCCUACUGGCCAUUACGGGUUUCCUUCGUCCAUCCGACAUAGAACGCAUUGACGAUGGUCGCACCAAUGUAACAGACCGUCAUUUACGACUGGUGAUUGCUCGCCCAAAGGAAAAGCGCUAUCAACAACGCAUUGAAAAAGUCAUUCAUAUCCACAGACAUGAGACCUCCUUGCUUUGUCUGGUCCAGACAUAUGUUGAUUAUCACACUCGCUUUUGCCAAACGCCUUGUCGCCGUUCUUAUCCUUUCAACAAUGGUCCACGCCAAUAUGUUUACAAGCUUAUUUGGGUAGUACACAACAACAACACAGCUAUCAGUGCAGAGCGCAUCAGCAACCACAUCAAGCGUUUUCUUGAUAUGAUUCCAAGACCUGAAGGUACCGCACGACCAAAGGCUCGAGCUCUUGGCUCGACCGCAGCGGUGCAAGCGGGGGCGUCUUUAGACGAUGUUUUGAUCUAUGGUUCCUAGCUAUCCUCCUCGGUUUUUGACACUUUCUACUGUAUCUCUCGAGAGACGGCUACAGAUUUCACUCAGAUGGCCCUUCCGACGGUUGUUUCUCUGCAUUCACAAUCUGAAUCAGUGCUAGCCGAAGAAUAAUAGUCUUCACAGCCGAGGUCGCAGACCGAUGGCUUACUAUUAUUAUUCGAGGCAUAAGCACUGAUUCAGAUUGUCCCUCCCUCCUCUCCCUUUUGUUUGUCUGUUUGUUUCCCAGUCGCUUGUAUAUGAUACAGCUAUAGCAUAUAUAUAUCACAUAUUUUAUUUCUUUAGACUUUCGACCCAAUAAAGAAAAAAUGGUAACA